AUGUCCGCCGUCACUAUGGCGCCGGCGUCGGCUCGCAUCGUGGGCUCCGACGACGAUGGCCACGUCUGCCUUGAGCUUCAGGAUGGCUCCACCUACCAAGGCUACAGCUUUGGUGCCCAGAAGAGCAUUGCUGGAGAGCUGGUCUUCCAGACGGGUAUGGUGGGGUAUCCCGAGUCCGUCACUGACCCUUCGUACCGCGGCCAGAUCCUCGUCAUUACUUUCCCUCUGGUCGGCAACUAUGGCGUCCCCUCGCGCGAGACCAUUGAUGAGCUCCUCGGCGAUCUUCCCGCUCAUUUCGAGUCGUCCCAGAUCCACAUUGCUGGCCUGGUCACGGCAUCAUACUCUGGCGAGGACUUUUCCCACUUCCUCGCCACCUCUUCUCUGGGCACCUGGCUCAAGGAGCAGGGCAUCCCCGCCAUGUACGGCGUCGAUACCCGCGCCUUGACCAAGAAGCUCCGCGAGUCGGGUAGCAUGCUCGGCAAGAUGCGCCUCGAGUCCAAGGCUCUGACCAACGGCUCCGUCAGCCAGAUCGAUGGCCCAUUGGCCCCUGCUCCCAUCGAGACCUUUGAGCAGCUUGACUGGGUUGACCCCAAUACCAAGAACCUGGUGGCAGAGGUGUCCAUCAAGGCCCCUAAACUGUAUAAGCCUUCCGCCUCGGUUGCCCGCAAGCACCCGUCGGGUCGUACCAUCCGUGUCCUGUGUCUCGAUGUCGGUAUGAAGUAUAACCAGCUCAGAUGCUUCCUUAAACGUGGCGUCGAGGUCCUCGUCUGCCCCUGGGACUAUGACCUGGUUGGCGCCGCCGACGAGUUCGACGGUCUCUUCCUAUCCAACGGUCCCGGUGACCCCUCCGUCCUCGAAAACACCGUAAAGAACAUUGCCGCCGUCAUUGAGAAGAACCAUAUUCCGGUCUUUGGUAUCUGCCUGGGUCACCAGCUGCUGGCCCGCGCCUCGGGCGCCCAGACGGUCAAGAUGAAGUUUGGUAACCGCGGCCACAACAUUCCCUGCACCAGCAUGGUCACUGGCAAAUGCCACAUCACCUCGCAGAACCACGGUUUCGCUGUCGACGCCAAGUCCUUGUCUGGCGGCUGGAAGGAGCUCUUUGUCAACGCCAACGAUGGCAGUAACGAGGGUAUCAUGCACGCCGAGAAGCCCUACUUCUCCGUCCAGUUCCACCCUGAGAGCACUCCCGGUCCCCGCGACACCGAAUUCCUCUUCGAUGUCUUCAUCGACACCAUUGCCAACUGCGCCGAGAAUCCCGCUCUGCUCCAGGCCCCUGUCAGUUUCCCCGGCGGCACCGUCGAGGAGAACGAGGCUGCGCACCCUCGCGUCUCUGUCCGCAAGGUUCUUGUCCUGGGUAGCGGUGGUCUGAGCAUUGGUCAGGCCGGUGAAUUCGAUUACUCCGGUAGUCAGGCUAUCAAGGCUUUGAAGGAGGAGGGCAUCUACACUGUCCUGAUCAACCCCAACAUUGCCACUAUUCAAACCUCCAAGGGCCUGGCAGACAAGGUCUACUUCCUUCCCGUCAAUGCCGACUUUGUUCGCAAGGUCAUCCGGUAUGAGCGUCCCGAUGCCAUCUACGUCACCUUCGGUGGACAGACCGCCCUCCAGGUCGGUAUCCAACUCAAGGACGAGUUUGAGGAGCUCGGCGUCAAGGUCCUCGGUACUCCCAUUGACACCAUCAUCACCACCGAGGACCGAGAGCUGUUUGCCCGCAGCAUGGACUCUAUUGGCGAGAAGUGUGCCAAGUCGGCCUCCGCCAACAACAUUGUUGAGGCUAUGCACGCUGUCAAGGACAUUGGCUUCCCCGUCAUUGUCCGUGCUGCCUAUGCGCUGGGUGGUCUCGGCAGUGGUUUUGCCAACAACGAGGAGGAGCUCCUCGAGCUCUGCAACAAGGCCUUUGCCGCCAGUCCUCAGGUGCUUAUCGAGCGCAGUAUGAAGGGCUGGAAGGAGAUCGAGUACGAGGUCGUCCGAGAUGCUCAGGACAACUGCAUCACUGUCUGUAACAUGGAGAACUUUGAUCCCCUUGGUAUCCACACUGGUGACUCUAUUGUCGUCGCCCCUUCGCAGACUCUGUCUGAUGCGGACUACAACAUGCUGCGAACCACCGCCGUCAAUGUCAUCCGACAUCUUGGUGUCGUGGGUGAGUGCAACAUCCAGUAUGCGCUGAACCCUUUCUCGCAAGAGUACUGCAUCAUCGAGGUCAAUGCCCGAUUGUCUCGAUCUUCCGCUCUGGCAUCCAAGGCCACCGGCUACCCCCUGGCCUUUAUCGCUGCCAAGCUCGGUCUCGGAAUCCCCCUCAAGGAGAUCAAGAACACCGUUACCCAGGUCACUUGCGCCUGCUUUGAGCCCUCGCUUGAUUACGUCGUGGUCAAGAUGCCCCGAUGGGAUCUCAAGAAAUUCACUCGUGUGUCCACUCAGCUCGGCUCUUCCAUGAAGAGUGUUGGUGAGGUCAUGAGCAUUGGUCGAUCUUUCGAGGAGGCCAUCCAAAAGGCCAUCCGAGCCAUUGACUUCCACAACCUGGGCUUUGGCGAGACCAAGGCUCUCAUGAGCAUUGACGAUGAGCUUCAGACCCCCUCUGACCAGCGUCUGUUUGCCAUCGCCAACGCUAUGCACGAGGGUUACACUGUCGACAAGAUCUGGGAACUGACCAAGAUCGACAAGUGGUUCCUGAGCAAGCUCAAGGGCCUGAGCGACUUUGCCAAGAACAUGUCCAGCUAUGGCACCUCCGACAUCUCCAAGAGCCCUAGCAUUCUGCUGCAGGCCAAGCGACUUGGUUUCUCUGACCGACAGCUGGCUAAAUUCUGGAGCUCCAACGAGAUCGCUAUCCGCCGGAUGCGACUCGACGCCGGCAUCCAGCCCUUCGUCAAGCAGAUCGAUACCGUCGCUGCCGAGUUCCCCGCCUUUACCAACUAUCUCUACAUGACCUACAAUGCCUCGGAGCACGAUGUGACCUUUGAGGAUAACGGUGUCAUGGUUCUGGGUUCUGGUGUCUACCGAAUCGGUUCCUCCGUCGAGUUCGAUUGGUGCUCCGUUCGAGCCAUCCGAACUCUGCGUGCUACUGGCUUCAAGACCAUCAUGGUGAAUUACAAUCCUGAGACGGUAAGCACCGAUUACGACGAGGCCGAUAAGCUGUAUUUCGAGAACAUCAACCUCGAGACUGUUCUGGACAUUUACCAGCUGGAGAACUCUAGCGGUGUCCUUGGUGCCAUGGGUGGCCAGACUCCCAACAACAUUGCCCUGCCCCUGCACCGUGCCGGUGUCAAGGUCCUGGGUACCUCUCCUGAGAUGAUUGACAAUGCUGAGAACCGAUACAAGUUCUCUCGUAUGCUUGACCGUAUCGAGGUUGACCAGCCUACCUGGAAGGAGCUUACUAGCUUCGAGGAGGCUCAAUCUUUCUGCAACAAGGUUUCGUACCCUGUUCUGGUCCGACCCUCGUACGUCCUCUCCGGUGCCGCCAUGAACACGGUCUACUCCGAGAAGGACCUUGAGUCGUAUUUGGCUCAGGCCGCCGAGGUGUCUCGGGAGCACCCCGUCGUCAUUACCAAGUACAUUGAGAACGCCAAGGAGAUUGAGAUGGACGCCGUUGCCAAGGACGGUAUCGUCGUCGGCCACUUCAUCUCUGAGCACGUUGAGAAUGCCGGUGUUCACUCUGGUGAUGCCACCCUGAUCCUGCCUCCCCAGGAUUUGGAGCUCACCACCAUUCGCCGCAUUGAGGAGGCUACCCGCAAGAUUGGUGCCGCUCUCAACGUGACGGGUCCCUUCAACAUUCAGUUCAUCGCCAAGGACAACGACAUCAAGGUCAUUGAGUGCAACGUCCGUGCCUCUCGAUCUUUCCCCUUCGUGUCCAAGGUUAUGGGUGUUGACUUGAUCGAGAUGGCCACCAAGGCCAUCAUGGGCCAGCCUUUCCAGGAGUACCCUCCUACCGACCUCGCUCCCGACUGUGUCGGUAUCAAGGUCCCCCAGUUCAGUUUCUCUCGUCUCUCAGGUGCCGAUCCCGUCCUGGGUGUCGAGAUGGCUUCUACUGGUGAGGUUGCUUGCUUCGGUGUCGACAAGAACGAGGCCUACCUCAAGGCUCUCAUGUCGACCGGCUUCAAGAUUCCCAAGAAGAACAUUCUUCUCUCCAUUGGUUCUUACAAGGACAAGAAGGAGAUGCUUCCGGCCGUCCAGAAGCUGGAGAAGAUUGGCUACAAGCUGUUCGCCACCUCUGGUACCGCCGAUUUCCUCCAGGAGCACGGCAUUCCGGUUCAGUACCUCGAGGUUCUGGGCAAGGAGGAGGAUACCAACUCUGAGUUCUCCCUCACUCAGCAUCUGGCCAAGAACACCAUCGAUCUGUACAUCAACCUGCCUUCCAACAACAAGUACCGACGACCCGCCAACUACAUGAGCAAGGGCUACCAGACUCGACGUAUGGCCGUGGACUACCAGAUUCCUCUCGUCACCAACGUCAAGAACGCCAAGAUUCUCGUCGAGGCCAUUGCCCGCCACUUCGAGUUGGAGGUCUCCAAGCGCGAUUACCAGACUAGCCACCGCACCAUUGUCCUUCCCGGACUCAUCAACAUUGCGGCGUUUGUCCCUGGCAUUGUCUCCGCUGACAGCCAUGAUCUCCAGACUGUCACCAAGGCCUCCAUCUCGGCUGGUUUCAGCAUGAUCCGCGUCAUGCCCCUGGGUCUGGAUGGAUCCAUUACCGAUGCCAUCACCCUGAGCACUGCCCAGCAGAACUCCAAGCGUGGUGGCUUCUGCGACUACAACUUCUCUGUCUCGGCUACCUCGGACAACGCCGACCAGAUCAGCCAUGUCACUGGAGAAGUUGGCUCGCUCUUCAUCCCCUUCAACCACCUAUCUGGUAACAUCAGCAAGGUUGCGGCCGUCACUGCUCAUUUUGAUGCCUGGCCCGUUCACAAACCUAUCGUGACCGAUGCCAAGCUGACUGACCUGGCCUCGAUUCUCCUCCUGGCCAGCCUGCACAACCGUCGUAUCCACGUCACCUCUAUCAGCAACAAGGAUGAUAUCAAGCUUAUUGCCCUCAGCAAGGAGAAGGGUCUGCAGGUUACUUGCGAUGUUUCCAUCUACUCCCUGUACCUCUCGCAGAAGGACUUCCCCGACUGUGACCGCCUGCCCACUCAGGCCGACCAGGAGGCUCUUUGGGAGCACAUGAGUACCAUCGAUGUCUUCUCGAUCGGCUCUCUGCCCUACCAGCUCGCGACCUCUCUGGGCCACAAGGCCGAUCCCUCGAUGGGCAUCGCCGACGCUCUGCCUCUGCUGCUGACCUCGGUUGCCGAGGGCAAGCUGACGGUUGACGACAUCAAGACUCGCCUCUACACCAACCCCAUGGAGAUCUUUGAACUCCAUGAGCAGGUUGGUACUACCAUCGAGGCCGAGAUUGACCGCCCCUACACCGCCGCCUCGGGCUCCGCCUGGUCGCCUUUCCAGGGCCGUGCCAUGCGUGCCUCCAUCCAACGCGUCACAUUCCAGAACACCACCGUCUGUCUGGACGGCGAGGUUCUACAGGUCGGACCCCUGGGCAAGGAUAUGUCCUCGCACCUAAUCCCCCCCAUGUCCCCACCUAUCAAGCCGACGGUCACUUCCAUCGCGCAGACCACCGAGUCCCCCCAGACUCGCCGUCUCUCUAUGCUGGGUGGAAUCAAGCCCAUGAACCGCCUUCGACUUGCCGAGGGUUCUGCUACCGUGGAUGAGCUUGCCCCAUCCCUGCAGCCUCUUGUCAACUCGUCGAUUCAGCAGCUGCUCUCGCGACCCUCGUCGUUCAAGAACACCCAUGUGCUGUCGGUCAAGUCGUACACUCGUGCCGAUCUGCACCUGCUCUUCACCGUGGCUCAGGAGAUGCGCCUCGGUGUCCAGCGCGAGGGUGUCCUUAACAUCCUCCGAGGCCGUGUUCUUGCUACGCUCUUCUACGAGCCGUCGACACGCACCUCGGCCUCGUUCGACGCUGCUAUGCAGCGUCUGGGUGGACGAACCAUCAACGUUUCGACGUCGAACUCGUCUGUCCAGAAGGGAGAGUCCCUGCAGGACACCAUCCGAACUCUGGCCUGCUACGGUGAUGCCGUUGUUGUCCGCCACCCCGACGAGAACAGCGUUCACGUGGCCCAGAAGUACAGCCCGGUGCCUGUGAUUAACGCAGGCAACGGUAGCAAGGAGCACCCCACUCAGGCGUUCCUCGACCUCUUCACCAUCCGUGAGGAGCUUGGUACAGUCCAGGGACUCACCAUUACCUUCCUGGGUGAUCUCCUGUACGGACGACCCGUCCACUCCCUGGUGUACCUGCUCCGUCACUACCAGGUCCAGGUCCAGCUGGUUGCCCCCAGGAGCCUCCAGUUGCCCCCCAAGGUUCGGGAGCAGCUAGUUGCCUCUGGCCAGCUCCUGUGCGAGUCCGAAAGCCUGACUCCCGAGAUUUUGGCUCGCAGCGAUGUUCUCUACUGCACUCGUGUCCAGAAGGAGCGCUUCCCCAGCGAGGAGGAGUACGAGCGUGUCAAGAACUCGUACCGCGUGGACAACGCCGCCCUCAAGCACGCCAAGGGCUCGAUGGUGGUUAUGCAUCCCCUUCCCCGCAAUGAGGAGGUUGCCGAGGAGGUCGACUUUGACCAGCGCGCAGCUUAUUUCCGCCAGAUGCGAUAUGGGCUUUACUGCCGCAUGGCCCUGUUGGCGUUGGUGAUGGGUGAUUCUUAG